AUGAAAUCAAAUUUAAAUUGGUCUAAGACAGAAGAGAAAUUAUUAGACAGUAUAAAUACGAGAAGAUUUAAAGCAAAUACUGUUUAUCCACCUAUCGAAUCUAAUAAAAUCAAUAAUAAUAAUAAGUCAUCGAUUGAACUGACUCCAAAUACAUUUAAUUCAGUAAAAGAUUUACAGAGUAAAUUAUACAGUUCAACAUGUUCAAUAACUUCAUUAUUUUCUCAAAUGGACAAUGAAUUUAUAAUUCUUAGUCAGUUAUGUACAAUAAUGAUUGGUCUUUCUAAACAAUCCUCAUUGGAUAAUGGUUUAACUCGCGAUUAUAAUGGAAUUCUUGGUGAUAAUUAUGAAGACGGGGAUGAUAAGAAUUUAUUGGAACAAACUAUUCAGGAACUACUCACUGAAGUGAAUCUAUUCUACACAACAAUUUUAGCUAAUUCUAGAAUAUUAUUUAGCAAUUCAAUAAAUAAAUCUCCUGAAAUAAUUCGUAAGAUAUCCUCUCCUGUGGAAGAAGUAGAGACUAAAGCAAUUCCUAAACUGAGCACACCUGUCCCAUUACUUUUCCUCCUAUACCUCCUUCUUCUCAAUCCCAUUUGGAUAAUCAAAAUUCUUAUCGAAAUCACAUGA